AUGCCAGCACCUGGCGUGGCGUCAUGCAUCAUCCGCUUCAUUUGCGCCGUCCCCACGGGGUUGUCUGGUUUCAACAGCCUGGUAGGCUACAUGGGCUCAAAAGAUUUAGGCGACAUUUUUGAUGUGAUUCCCCACGGCAGAGACUUUCUCAAGGGGAUGCGCAUUCUAGGCGGUGCGGGAAUCGCCACAUUUUCCUGGAACUUCCUCCAAUUUGGAACAUCUCCCUUCUGUCGCGGUUACUUACUUGCUUCGAUCGGGGUGGUCGAUCUCGCCCUCGUCAUUCCGCUCAUCAUAGGAAUUGCCUUGGCAUCAGGGUUCCUACCUGGCGACUAUGGGCCGUGCGAAACGGCGUCAAACUGGAACAAUGGCACUGACGGCCGCAACUUCUUCGUUGUUGCAAAGGCGAGUGGAAACUUUUCAGAGGACGAUGACGCGAACGCAAUCUGCCACAAGAUAGUGGAGGGCUGGAUCGUGAGUAUUGUGGUCGUCAUCAUUUACAUCAUAUGCGGCGUUUUAAAUGUUCGUUCAGGCUGCGUUGGGGAGAAAGGAACGAGGGUUGAAUUUGGUUCUACCUCUCAGUAUGAUCUUGACGGCUUCCCAUUGCUUUGGGCGGUACUUCGACUCCCGUUUCGACUCCCGUUUCGGUUCCUGUGCUUGGUCUUCCGGAUUUUCCGAGGGAUUUAUAUCUUCCCGUCCCGCUACACUAUGAAAUACCUGGGUAGGCAGAAGCGUGCCAACCGGACCGUGGCACAUCCCAAAGGCCACGAGAGGCAACAGGACUUGGAUCACAAACCAGCCCGGCACUUUUCACGUUUACGCUUACCCAUGGAGUUGACGAUACUGAUAGUAAAGGAUCUCCAUUAUACCGAUCUUGCCAAUUUGCGCCACACUUCAUACCACUUCCGGGCUGUCUUUUUCGGCGACAACGAUCCAAUACAGACGGCUAGAGACCUCCAGGAAUUCGCUUGCGCCGACGGAGGCCCUUCCAUCAACUGUGAGAUCUGUAAAAUACAGACGUGUCAGGGCUGCCGUCAUCAAGCUUUGAUCCCCCGCUCCGAAGCGUUCCAGCACCUCACCGGCUGCCAAGCGGCCUGUUCUAAGUGCUUCUUCAUUCACAACUGCGUCAGCCGCCCCCAGCCAGCCCGCCCAGGUCAGAGCUGGAACGGUGGUCGGAGGUUCCGAGGCGCUUCCUAUGGGCUUUCAAGAGCAUACAGCCCCACCGAGCCGAGCAACAGUUAUGGGUCACGGCUCAGCCAAGCCGAAGAUAUGUCCCGCGAGGAAAUAUGUCACGCCUGCUUGAACCUACCGAGACAAAAACAGACUGAGAUACGGGAUGCGACGAAUCUGGCCGAGAUUCAGCGCCAGGCAAGGUUACCGAUGGCGUGUUUCCGCUGCCGGAAGAUGUUACCAGCAACGGGGGUUAAGUGGUGGGUGAAUUCACGGACGGGGGAGGAGUGUAAGUGGUUUGGACAUCCGGGGUGGACAAGAAAGAAUGAGCGGGAUUGUAGGCCUAAGGUCACACACGGUUAA